GCCCCACCAAUUCCACCCAACACCCAAACAUCCGACUCCCUCUAUUCAAUUCAUGCCACGAGUUUCAUACAAAGGGUUCCUCUUAAAGCUCCCCCAUAUCUGUUCUUCUCCUGAAAGCUCUCAUUCACACUCUCUCAUUAUCUAUCUUUCUCAAUUUCUUGUCAACUUCAAGCUUCAUCUCUAUACCCGUCUGCUCCAGUCAAUCAAAUCAAAUAAACUCACUCAAAAUGGCUACUGUCAAGACAAUCCCACCUGGACAAACCUUCAUCGAUACUCUCGAUAAAUCAUUCGUUGAUGUCCCCGUCAACAAGGAGAAGGACAAUGCCAUUGCAACCACAGAGUUUCUCCAAGCUGCCGAAUCCCUCACCACUCUUUUUGAUGUGAUGGGAUCUGUAGCAUUCAACCCAGUUAAGAAUGAUAUGACUGGUAACAUCAAGAAAAUCCGCGAAAGACAACUUGCUGCACCAGCAGAGUCAGAGACCCUCCAAGAAUUGGUCAUUAAUGAGCUCAAGACCAAGAAGCACGCCGCUACCGAAGGUUUAGUUUGGUUGGUUCGUGCUCUAGACUUCACCUGCAUUGCGCUCUCCCAGAACCUUGCCACCCCCGCGGAUGAACUCUCCGUAUCCUUCCGUGCUGCCUAUGGCGAAACACUCAAACCUCACCACUCCUUCAUGGUGAAGCCCAUAUUCAGCGCCGCCAUGUCCGCCUGUCCAUACAGAAAAGAUUUCUACGUUAAGCUUGGAGAUGACAACUCCAAGGUCGAGGGUGCUUUGAGAGUGUGGUUGAGCUCAUUGGAGAGUUUGAUCGCCAUCUUGAAGGGAUUUUUGGACAGAAAGGAGGCUAAGUGGUAAGUUUGGGGGUAGAUGCUAGAGAUAAGAAGGCCGUCGAUUUAGGUAUGAGUGAGUGAGCGAGUAAGCGAUUAAUUUUGAACGACUUGAUAUGAUGAAGCGUUAUAUUUUGGGAGAAUAGCAAAUCUACAGGAGCAGAGAAUAUGAACAAAGUAUGCAUGAUACCA